GGAGAUUUAAUAUGCAAUCCUCAAGGCGAACUACAAUUUGGUUGUUUUGUGUUACAUCGAUUGUCGCAACAACGGGAUUUGUUCAAAAUUCUGCACAGACGGGGAACGAUGUUAGAAGCCUGUACACCCAUCUCUUCACGACAUCCGGGUAUAAUAGGGACGUACGCCCGGCCCAGAACCAAAGCGCGCCAACUUCUGUGUCCGUGCAACUGUUGCUGACCGGAUUCCUAGGACUCCAGGAAACGUCCCAACAGAUGAAUGCGGUCGGGAUUCUGACUAUACAGUGGAGGGACGACUUCCUUUCCUGGACACCUGCUUCUUAUGGCGGGGUGACCUUCAUUGAUGUUCCUCAGGGGCUAGUGUGGAAACCGGACCUGCAAGUGCAAAAUAGUCUAAGUAGUUUCACGGAAUUAGGGGGCAGUUUUAUGAACGUGCGUGUAUCGAGUAACGGUGAUAUUUCUUGGAAACCGUAUGUGGUUUUCGAUACCAAGUGCCUGAUGAACAUAAAAUUCUUCCCAUUCGACAAACAGGUGUGCUCUAUAAACAUCGUUGCGUGGAAUAGUGACAAUUCGACGGUUAUGUUGACAAAAGGACCCGUACCUUUCGAAGUAGAUGACGAUUUGACUGGCGGCCACUGGACAAUAUCGGACCCAAAAGCCGAAACACUGAUUGACGAUGGAAUGUCUUUUAUAAUUUACAUGCUCACAUUCACCAGAAAACCCAAAAUCUACAUAUUCAAUAUAAUAAUUCCGAUGGCAUUUCUCGUCGUCUUGGAUAUAUUCACGUUCAUCAUCCCCAACGACUCCGGUGAAAAGUUGUCCUUCUCUGUUGCCGUGUUACUAUCUAUAUUCAUCUUAAUGACUGUGGUUACAAGCUUGCUUCCAAUUUCAUCCGCAGCCACAUCUUAUCUAGAAAUAUUUCUCCUCAUAGACACAGGCUUGGGUACCUUGAUUCUUAUAAUUGUGGUGAUAUCACUACGAAUCCACCAGAGACCAAAGGAGAUGAAAAUACCCGGAUGUGUCAGAGCGUUAACUUUGCUAUCAUGGCGGUUAGGUUGUAGAAUGACCCAAAAAGCAACGAAAAACGACGAAUAUUACGUCACCAAAAUACAGGUGACGAGUUUUUCGGGAGGGGAUAAACAGAAGUGGGUGAAAGAAGAAAAGAAGGAAAGAAAGAGAGAACCAGUCAUAGUUCUUUGGACGGAUGUGACGUCAGCAAUCGACUUUUACAUGUUCUGGUUGUUUUUGAUUGUCUUUGUAACAUCUAAAAUAGUUCUUCUAUUUCUAACUGUUUCCAACUGAAUACAUUAAAAUGUAGUUGUUUUAA